CUAUGGCGGCGGCGGCGGCGAGUGCACGUCCGCAAAGUGCGCCAUCGCGACGGGCGCUGCCCUCUGCAUGGCCUCGGCCAUGCUCAUCGCCUUCUGCAUUGUGAACAUAACAACGGCAAAGAGCCGCUCAGCAAAGACCGUGUACCCGCCCGAAGCUGCCGAGUACAAUCAGAUGGUUGACGAGUGGGUGGCGAGCAAGCACGCCGAGUUCAACGCCAUCAAGGUCUACGCCAACAACGGAGGGCCGAGCUCGGGCCCGCAUGGGACACUGUUCAACGCAACGGUGGCCACUGGUGACGCUGAUUUUAGACACGCGCGGAGCUAUCCGAAGAUCAUGUACUUCUCGUCGGGCACGAGCACGAGUCGGUACACGGCCUCGGGCUCGCAGUCGCCGACAACGUGGAAGAAGACGGCACGACUCACGAUUGAGCUGCCAGACGGCGACGUCCAGAGCGUCUCGUUUGAUUUCACCAUUGCAAAGUAUGAGAGAGUCACGUCGACGCGCUACUCGCUCUCGCGGCGAUGCAACUGGCCGGACUUUGUCGCCAACAACAGCCCCGAGUACGACGCGUGCUCCAAGGUUUGUGCGGAGGACGGCGGAAGCUGGUCCGGGAACACAUGCACAGUGACGGGUGUCCUCUCGGGAUUCUGUAUCAAGCUUGUCCAGACGAGCAACCCGUCGAGUCCAGUGUGGUCCGUUUCCAAGUCUGGAUGCCUGCCGAAGCGGCAGCUCAACUAUGCGGCGGACACCGGGAUCGAGGCAUACAGGCCGACGCCGCUCUCAUCGCCGAUCGACAUGGCGCGCAUCAACAUUACUGUCCGCUCAGACGCCGAUCCGUACCUGUACCUCGCCAGCGCGACACUGGACACUAAGACUGGGGCAUCGUCGUUGGACAUUGCCGGUGACUACGUGCCGGGAGAGCAGCCGUCGCGAGUGUACAUCUACGCAACAGUCGGCAUCGUUCUCGCCAACGUGUGCUACGUUGUGCUUGCGCUGGUGGCACACAAGGCGUACACGCGGCGUGAACAGAAAGCCGCCGGUGCCAAGGCUGAAGCUGAACCUGCCGCGGUGCCGAUGGGUGCCACCGCUUCGCCGGCAUCGGCCAAGAAGCUCGAGACCAUGGCCAUGUCUCAGCCUCCGCAGGCUGUGUACGGCGCCCCGCCGCCAGGCAUGCCUGCGUUGGGGGUGGCAAUGCGUACGCGGCUAACCCUCUCGUAG